AUGGGGGCAGGGGAAUUUUCUUCUUCGCAAACGCGAAGGACUGGUCUCGAACGCGAAGCGUUGGGUGUGGUACCCUUUGUGAACGCGAUCUGGAUUUCAGAGACAGGGGGAGCGCAAGAAGGUUUCACACCUAGUAAGUUUGAUUAUUCCCUGUUCACUAAGAAGGUUGGACAUGAUAUUGUGGUGAUAUUGAUCUAUGUAGACGAUUUGUUACUUACUGGUAGCAAUCUUGAGUUGAUCAAAGAGGCCAAACAUUCAUUGCAUCAACAGUUUAAAGUCAAAGAUUUGGGUGAACUAAGGUACUUCCUUGGCAUUGAAGUGUUGAGGUCCAAACAUGGUGUCCUACUCAAUCAAAGGAAAUACACUCUAGAGUUGAUCUCAGAACUAGGUCUUAGCGGAGCUAAGCCAGUAGUAACUCCUCUAGAAAUCAAUCAAAAAUUGACCACAUUGGAGUUUGAUAAAGUGGCAUGCUGGUCAUCUACUGUUGAUCCUUUGGUAGAUCUUACCAGCUAUCAGAAGCUUAUUGGCAAGGUUUUGUACUUGACAGUUACCCGGCCUGAGAUAUCCUUUGUUUUCCAGAGUCAGAGCCAAUUCAUGCAGGCUCCUAAAAGGUUCCCUAUGGAGUCAACUCUUAGGGUGGUUAGAUAUCUCAAAAAUGCAAUAGGUUUUGGCAUUCUCCUGAAGAUAUCACCUAUGCAUUCUCUUACUGCAUUCUGUGAUUCAAAUUGGGGUGCUUUCCCUGUCACUAGAAGAUCUGUUAGUGUCUACCUAGUCAAACUUGGGGACUCUUUGAUCUCUUGGAAGUCUAAGAAGCAACACACCAUAUCUAGGAGCAAUGCAGAAGUUGAGUAUAGAAGUAUGGCCACUGUUGUUGUUGAGCUCACUUGGUUACUGUGA